CCUCAAGGUGUCGUAUAUAAAUAACCAUCAGAGCGUCCUAAAGACGCCACAAUCUUACUCGUUGGGUCAUAACAUCUUGCUUUGUGACCUAUAUAUACAUAAGCUUGGAAGCUCUUUGGUGAAGGCUGUUCGAAGGAGGAUUUGCCAGUGCGAUUAUCUUACGAUGAAUUGUAUCGCCCGAAGUCUCGUUUUGUUGUUUGUCGUUGGAAGUUGUACCAUGAUUGCAAGUAGACGUUCGUCAAAGGUACAAGAUGUGCAUAAGAAAAGUUUUGAUGAUUUUUAUAAAAAAUCUGUGGAAAGUCCGAUUGAGACUGAAAUUGGCUAUCCCAAUCGACGUCGAACUCAACUUUAUUCAAGAAACACAGGGCGUUUCGUUCAAGUUGCGAAAAGGAAGGUUGUUGCAAAGGGAAUCGAUGGAAAUAAAUACGCUGAUCUGGAGAUACUUACAGUUUCAUUUGGCCGAGUUCAUAUUAAAGGCCUGGCGCUGUCUUUGUAUGUUUGCUUUGAUAAACGAGGACGCCUCAUAGCAAAGAGACGACCAACUUUGGGAUGUGUAUUUCACGAAAAGCACGGACCUGACGCAUACAAUGUGUACGAGUCACAACAGUUCAAGGGAAAAUAUCUCGCUUUUACUAAAAAAGGAAUGUACAGGCACAGAGUGAAAAGCAAGUUAGGGACUAAACCUGUGCAGUUUGUGGAGCGUCCCAGGUCAACAGUUAUAAGAAACACCAGGAACUUAAGAUAUUACACAUCUUUGCCUAAAGGCAGAAGACAGCCAAUCAAACCUUGGGAGUUUGAUGAACAUAAACGUAAAGCAAAAAAGAUGCUGAAACUGUUCAGUCAAAAUAAUUCUCCUUUAAAUCCUGUUGUGAACAAAAGGCAAAAUAAAAAAACGCAAAAGAAUGCCAACAAGAAACUGAAUAAGAAAAGAAAUGGCCACUCGAAAAAAAAUUCCAAGAAACUUGUCUGGCAAAAGGGGGCAAGUCGUCUCAUCGAAAAUAAUCGUUUUCCUCCCAAAAAUAGGCUACGUGGCAGGGUUGCGUUGAAAAAGAAAUCUAAAGAUAAUCGAAAUAAUUGAUCCUAGUCAUUUUGGAUUAAAGCUUGAGCCAUCAUAUUUUAAUGCGACGUUGUCAUUUCAUAAAAAGGAAUUGGUAUUUAUCGACGUGUGGAAUUACGCCAUCAGAAAUUUUUUCUGAGAAAUUACUCUUGCUGUCUAUGGCAAGGUCUUCAGGAUUCAUGACUGCGAUAUAGCUAAGAUAUUAUGCUGGACAUAAAGUCGUUAGAUUUGUCGUUUCCGUAAUUGAUGAGUGUUAUGCCGCAAACGACAUUUCUACCAACUAGGGAAGUAAACAAAGAAACUGAGAUAAAGAUUCUCUUUCAGUCCAGCGUUAGAAAAAAUCCCUUAUAAUUUAUAGCUAGCCUAUAAAUAUACAAAAGGCUGUUAUUUAUAAAUGGUGAAAGGAGCUUUGUAUGUAUGGAGAAGUAUGGAUUCUUUAGCUGAUGUAGUAGCUACCAUCUAUUAUAUUAAGCAUCACAAAUGUAUUAUGUAGCACAAGAUAUUCUUUUACAUCGAAGAAUUCCACCAAGCAACCAAUAACGUCAAGCGUCAUUAGCGAGAGAAACACAACGUUCUCCAAAAUCCAACUCUUUUAAAUAUUCAAUUAAUUUUUAUUACACAUAGUUUUAUGGCUAAAAGGUAAAGUUUUGUAACUGCAUGAUUAUAGUCUUUCAUGUAAACUAUUUGACAAACAUCCAUGUACAAAAUUAGAAAUACAUAUCGGAAAUUCAUUUUCGUUAA